AUAUCGCAUUUGUUCGCUUUUGAGUAGUAGGAUCAUACGAUAGAAGAAGUAGUUUACAUAAGAGUUCUUUCAUGAGCACAAAGACCACACGAGAACCGAAGGAUUAAAGAAAAUAGGUCGCUUAUUUUGCUACAGAGGUAUCUUCAUCACACGCAGGUAGUUUUACAGAAGAACAUCGAUGGAUCAAAGAUCAGCAUUGCGUCGCACGUAGCACGAAAUAUUUUGUCGAAGGUGUUGCAGCGAGAGUCCAAGAAGCAUCGAAAGCAAACACAUCAAGACGAAGUCGGAGUCGCGUCGGAAAUAUAUAGAAAAGCCAGACGACGGCAAAGCUGUAACCAGGUACAGUUUCACUCCUUAUUUUCUUCGACGUGCUGACGACUGAAAAUCAUGUCUCCAAAAUGCAAAAUGCAUGGCAAGAAUGAGCUCGCUAUUAUGAUAGUUCAAUUCUGACAGAAGUUUUAAGUUGUAGAUGAAAACUUCAUCAAAAAAAGUAGAUAUUGUAAGAUGUUUUCACGGACCACGAGGAUUCGUCUCGAGCACUGUAGAUCUCGUCUCCCCUGUCCUUGGAUUCCUCUCCAGCACUGUAGACCUCGUCUCCCCUGUCUUUGGAUGCCUCUCCAGCACUGCAGAUCCCAUCUCCCCUGUCUUGUUUCUUUUUUGCUGGUUCUUUUUACUCUCUUUUCAUUCACAUAGUGUAACCAUGGUUGAACUGCGCCGGCGCAUCGGUUAUCAAGUGGGAAUGGUGUUUUUGGGCACAAGCUAUUCCCCUGGUGGUGCUCCCCUCCUGAAGAAAGUAGUAUUAUAUAUGGGACAGUGGUGAGCAGGUAGCUCAUGAUUCCACCUGAUUCGCGCGGGACCCCCUGAACCGCCUAAACAACAUGAAUCGCCGCUGACUCCAUAUUAUAACUCAUUGCGUCCUACGUGUGAAGACCCAGAAUUUUGAAUAUGGCCCGGCCGUCGUCAGACUACGUUUUCCCACUUGUUGUGCUAUUAGAUACUAGGCCCAACCACAGGGGAGGCCGGAGUGACAGCGAGUCUGUCAUAUGUGGGUGAUAGUUUAGGGCGCCCUUCUUUUUGUAAGCUGAGAGAGGGUGAUGCAGCUCACUAAAAUUGGUCGUCAUUCAACAAUCGCAGGGUUGGGCUUCGGGGUAGCGUAAGUAAAAACCUGCUAAGUGAUUUAUGAGUAUCCAUUCUAAGUAGUCUCCGCAGAAUUGUGAAGGAAAUCAUGAUUAUGGCUAUUUUUGUCAGAAGAAGCUGGGUGAUUUCGGUCAGCAUGCUGACGGGCGCCAUCGCCGUGGGUAGUGCUUAUGUUUCGUAUUUACCCCUUUGGUGGUGUCGAUGGUUGACUGAGGCCACAAGUACAAGUAGCGUAGUUUGGUAUUGGUUUCUUUGCUAGUUCUGUGCGCAGGUGCGUGUUUUGCACAACUAAGCUGCGCUGUGGUAUUCUAAUGCUGGGCCACAUCGAGCUCUUUUGCGAUUGCGUUGUUACGUGUUUCUCACCCUCUUCACCACUACUAGUCGUUUUUCGGAAUUUAUUUAUUGUUGACCAGACCUUGCGGAGUUGCGUAUUUAGAAACUCAAACUUUUUCCAUUAUUCUCUCCUGGUUUCUAAUUCUAUCUGAUGCAUGGGCCUGUUCUAGGCCUGUACUUAUAAUAUGUGAAUCUGUGUUCCCACGAUUAAUAUCUGCACCCAACAUGAUCGAUUUCACAACCCUCCAGAUAACGACAGAGGAAACUGACCAAAAAGGCGAGCAUCUAUCGUCCAUCAUCUGACAAAGAUGGAGACCUGGAGUCGAGAUAUGCUGGAAAACGCCGAGUAUGACUGGGAGGAAGCCAUGAUGAAGAGGCUGCAGGAGGAGGGGAACUCCGACCCCAAGGCGCUCCGUCGACGUGGGGGCUGGGGCUGGCAAACCUAUGCCUAUUUCUCGUUGGUUUUCUUCAUCUUCUUCUGGGUGGCGGACCUCUCCACGGGUGGCGUUGUCUUUAUGAUGUCAUUGGAAUAAGAGAUACAAUAAAACAAGUACUCGUCAGAGGACAUCAGAGCACUGCCGAAAAAAUCGAAACUAUCUCUACUAGAUCAUGAAAGUAGAAAGGCAUAUCUACUGUGCACUUGGGAGUACUUAGUUAAAGACUUUCAAUGACUAAGUCUAAGGGUGCAAAUUGCCUGAUGAUAUAAUUGCUGCUUGAGCUUCUUGAGGAGUUCUUAUAUUUCUUUGAUCGUUGAUAUAUGUGCUCUAUCAAUACGCAUAUAAGUAGUUGCAUUUAAGUACCACUAUACAGUAGCGAGUAGUAAAUAGUGGGUGGUAAGUAGGAGUGUGCAGCAGUUGCGUGAGUAGUAAAUAGUGAGUACAACGUCUUAAAUACAACUUUACAACGCAAGUUGUGUUAGUAGUAUAUAUAUAGUGUACUCAAGUGCACCUAUUGUGCACUAUAUGCCACCACAGAUCUGCACCAGUAUGUGAGUGAACUAGAAGAGUUACACUAUUAAUUUGAUUGAGUAUUAACAUGCGCCACCAACUGGUGACGCAAUCAAUCUACAAUUGUGGCCGUGUGCGCGGCGAGGUCUCAUUUGUGGUCUCUGGUAGCCUUCUUCUAAUAUGCGCAAUGCGAUCUCCAGCCUUGUUGCUCCUCCAAGUCCCAGGCUCAAGAAUCAAGUGGCCCCUCACGUUAAGGCUCAACAACUUAUAUUAAUUAAUUCAAAAAGUCAUUCUUGUUUUUCUAGAUCUAGUUUUUCAGUGAAGACAAACAUAGCUCUAGAAGUCAUUUCCUACUAUGGCGUGGGGUAAUAUUUAUAUGGAGUUGGAGACGAGAGUGAAACUAUCUUCUAAGUAGAAGUGAAGAUUUAUAUUUUGAGCUGCUCUAAUCAUGGUUCUUCCGUCGUCUUGGUUGCGCCACCAGAUUCCAGUCAGACUGGAGGCAAUCACCUUGGCCCACAGAUGAAGCAGGCCCCCUCGGUCUUACUUCGUGGAUCUUUGGCAUUUCACAACAUUUCCUCCCCAGCGUCAACAUCUUUCCUGGCGACGAACACGCUUCAGAAAACGGUCGUUUUUAGAAGUCGUGCAGAACAUAUCAGUCCUGAGCAGUAUUACAAGGAGCUCUUCGGUUUUUCUGAGUCUGAUAUUCUUGGCGGUGAAGGCAAGGCGGAAGCCACAGAAGAGAGGAACACAAGAAUUCGUGAAAUGUUCGUGCAGUCCAAGCGCACGGUGAAGGUUAAAGACGUUCCUCAUGAGCUUAGGGCUUCCCCUAGUAAUCGAUCUUAAUUUGAUUUCAAAAGAGUCAUGCUUCUAAGUUCUCGGCACUUCUCUCAAAGUCAAACUUACUAGUUAAUUAUAAAAGAAACGAGUGAGCAGGAACAUGUAAUAUAUCAUACAUGAUAUAAUUAAGACUACGCACUUCAUCGAGGAAACUCGCGACCUCUUAAUCAUGAGAGCCAUCUUGAAAACCCAUGAUUGAAUCUUGGUGGACGAAAGCCGUCUUGUGCUACUUUGUCAGAGCCAAGCCUCUUGUAGAGCGUUUCGGCUUCACUAUACACGAGAAAUCAGGCGAAUCUAAAUGGCACACAAAGAAAGUAAUCGGCUAGCUUCCUUCGUCUUACUGCUUUCAUUCAAUCUAAGCGCACGGCUCUACUUAACUGAGUAAGUAGGUGAAAGCAAUAAAUGGCUCUUCCUAGGCCGUGAAAUCACCUCAGAAAGAUGGGUCCCUUUCAUGUAAAGACGAACCUUCAUCAUUCAUCCUGUCACCUUUUCAGGGGUUCUAGUCAAGAUAAGUUGAAAGUGGAUCUGUUUCUUCCGUCAAGUCAGUUCUUCUAACCAAUGUAUACGUAAGUUGAGUAGCCACCUGGGUCUCUUUCUUCUUUAAGUUCCUCUCUAAUCAAUGUGAGUUCAAGUUGGACGUGCUGACUCCAAAGGAGGGCGCUAGGAGGGAGCCGCUGAUUGUAGGACACUUUUCGACACCUACUCCAGCCAAAUUAGAGGAGCAAGCAAAGAAGAAUAUGAAAAGUAGUAACAUGCUGAAAAACGUGAUGUCCUCUAGUACUGUCGAAAGGACUAAGUUAUUUGAUGUCAAGCACUUCUCGGCGAAUGACUAUGCUUUCGACACUGGAAAAAUCGUGGAGGAGCACCCGCUGGCCACGUUCCAGGGCGCAAGCCAGUUGAAUGGGCUGGAACAGAUGAGCCACGGAAAAAACCCAUAUGGGAUCGCUGUGUAUUUUCGUGAUACCACGCAAGGACCCGCCCUGGCCAUCACAGGCUUCGCUGGUACGCUGUGGCGCAAUCACUUUUUAUGGCUAGGCUUUUGGCGUUCGUGUUUCCGUAGGUUUUGUCUAAGGGACGAGACUGGCACGGCCACUAGUAAUUAAAUUGUGUAGGCUUGUUGCUAUUAACAACACCAAACAAGAAAAACCCCUGACCCGCUCUACCUCUAAUCUUUGUCGAAGUCGCAGACCCUGCAAAACCUACACAGAAUACGAUCCGCGGCCAGACCGACACUGCGCACCAAUUGAAUUUCUUUGCGGAUGUUUGGAAGAAGUUCACUGCUACAGCUACUGCCUCUACCUCUCCCGAGCCAGUGGUUCAGAAUGGCUAUCUUCUCCCGAGGCUGGCGGAACCUCUCGUGGACGAGAUGCUGCAAAGCACAGAUGCAGAUGCUAAGUGGACACGAGAAAACCUGGAGGAACUUUUUUACUUAAGGCUGCCGCUAAAUAAUAAGCACGCGCAUCCUCAGCACUAACUACAUUGAUCCGCAGUGGGUCUUUAUUUUGUUCCAUUUGAAGAAGAAGCCAUGGCGAAGGAGGUUUCUCUUUGUCACGGACGUUGGAUGCGAGUGCGGUCCUCGUUGCUCUAAUUUACACACAUAUGCAAGUUGGUCUACAACAAGACACGGAGUUCACGGGACGUCGCCAUCAGGACAGAAACAAUUGGGAUCACGCAUAUGCAGCCACGCAGCGAGGACUGGAUUCUAUGGACGCAGAUGCGCCGGCUUUGCCUUUGCCUGUGAUCACGCACGUUUACUCUGCUGGGAUUUUCUAUCCUACCGUGGAAGAUCUGACUCCAAAUAAGCGCGGACGCUUUUACUACAACUUACUCUCCGCUCAGUACCGUGGAGCGUUUGCAGCCGCACUGAAUACUGCAAUCCGAUGGAACUAUCAAGAGAGCAGCAACAAGCUGUUCCUGACGGCUCUUAAGGCUGCCUCUUUUAAUUUAUUUCUAUCGGGAUCGCUCAACCGUAUACAGGGGCAUCCCUCAACCGUAUGCAGGGGCUAGUCCACACGUUGAGGGAUCCACACGGAGAGGAAUUCCCGCAAGCCCUCUAAGAGUCUGGGUGCGGGUGCCUGGGUCGAGGAGGGUAGUGACAAGGAUGAUCUGCUGCGCAGGAUGCUGGCCAGCAUCAUCGGGGAGCACUUAGCUGUGUACCGCGACUGCAGACUUGAGGUCGUUUUGGUUGCUGGCUUCAAGCCAGUGUUCGGUCCCCUCCACACACCUGAGGGCUUCAAAAAGGCUGUGCUGGCGCGUUUUAAAGACGUAGUGAAGGGGAGCAACAGUGACAACGAGUUUACCAAGAAGACAGCUGACCCCGCGAGCAUCUGUGACGCAAAUGGGCAAGGUUCUUACUUGUUAUGUAGUAAAAGUGCUUGUUUGUUGUGUAGAUGCUUACUUAUACCCUAUACAUAAUAUCGCUCUUCCGACGGUUUUCGAAUUCGAUUUGAUCGAGCUUCCUCGAGUUGCAGCGACUUGCCCAAGCGCAAGCAGGGGGCUGCAAGUGUGGAACGAGUUGGGACGAGUUACGAGAAGAAGUAGCUAGCCGCAUCGAAAUGUUAGCGAGCUUUUUUCGCAAAAGAAGACUGUGCCGGCGUUCCUUCCUUCUGUUUGGGAUGGAUGGUGACGCGCGCUCUCUCCCGCUCCUUGGCCUGGGCGGGGGCUGAGCAAGUGCCUAGCCCCCUCUGUGGUUUGGUUAGGGGGUGUCGGCGUGCGUCUGGGUUUCUUUGCGUCCCGCUGUUGGUGUAGUAGUUUGACCGCUUCCCCCUUGGUUGUCCUCGCUUGGAAGGGUCCAGGGGGCCGCUGUCUGCUGGCCUUGUAAGGUGGGCUUUUUUCUUCUUGAAAACGGCGGCCACUUUAUUGAGCUUGGCUCGUUUGUUUCGUCAGAGUAUUAAGAGCAUGGCCCCUCGGCCUAGCGCGUGUUGCUCGCUUCCGCCGUCCUCGCCCGGUCUUUCACUAGGACGAAGGCAUCGCAGGGAGGCGCCCGCGCGAGGAAUCAUGAAAAAACAAGGGGUGAAGGCGCCUCUUGCCGGCCCGCUGUGCUCUUGUAUAGCGUGUUCAACGUCUCGCCAAGGCUGCGCCCGCAGGGCGCAGCGAAGGAAAUAGCGUGGGCAACUCGAGCAGCACGGUAAAACUAGACCUGAAUGGGACCGGGCCAAUUUUGCCUAGUUCUGAAAUAGUAUCCUGAUCGCCGUCGCUUAGUCCUUUCAUCAUCAUCAUCAUCGCCACCAUUAUAAUGCCAAUCCUCUGACGAACGUUCAAGCUUAGACCCAGCGACGCUUAAACACUUAAUAAAGAAAAGGAGUAGGGCUAGCUUGUCUUCAUGAUCUCGGUCUACUCGAUCUCCAUUUGGUUAGUAGAGUGAUCACGUUUCUGGCACUUCUUUCGAUGAUUCAUCUUGUUGUCCGGAAUAUAUGAUUUUCAGUCAAAAUUCCUUACGAAUGCAGAGAUUUAGCGUCUUCGCCUAAAAAUGAACAAAACAAAAAUAGACGCUGAACUCGUCGCUGCAGCGAACCCGGAAGUGGUGUCAGCUCAGACCGGAAACGCGCCUGGCGAAGGAGGGGACCCUGUUCAGCUGGCUUCUGAUGCAGCUGCAACGCAGGCUCCGGCUCUGGUGGCAGGAAGACUAAUGUGCUGCUAG